ACUUUGUGGCUGUGGUAACUAGUGACUAUGCUGCGUGAGCUGCCUUUUUGCGGAUUUCUGUAUCGCAGUCAGCUAGCCAUACCUCGAUGCAUCUGACCGGAGGUAGCUACACAGAAGUGAAGAGUCGCCCUCAAUAAUCGAUAAACCGACGUGUUGGGAUGUCGUUCCCUCAUCUCAACCGACCCCUGUUGCCACCGGGGAUCCCCCCUCCACAGUUCUCUGGUUUUCCUUCAGGUACCCCAAUGAUACCAGUCCACAUGGGCAUCAUGACCCAGAACCCCACAGUCCUGGUACCCACCUCCAUGCCCGUUGUCAGUAAGCCCGCGGCCCCCAGGAAGGAAGCUCCCCUGGAUGAGAACAACGGCCCCACCACCACAGUGUUUGUAGGAAACAUCUCGGAGAAGGCCUCGGACAUGCUGAUUCGAAAGUUGCUGGCGAAAUGUGGCCUGGUCCUAAGCUGGAAGCGAGUCCAAGGAGCCUCUGGAAAACUUCAAGGUAAAAACAGAACAGCUUUUGGAUUCUGUGAGUACAAGGAACCAGAGUCGACGCUGCGGGCCCUGCGACUGCUCCACGAGCUGCAGAUCGGGGAGAAGAAGCUGCUGGUGAAGGUGGAUGCCAAGACCAAGGCCCAGCUGGACGAGUGGAAGGCCAAGAAGAAGAGUAGCACCAACGGCAACGGGAAGGCGGAAGCAGAGGAUGGAAAAGAGGAGGAAGAGGAGGAGGUGAUCGACAAGGACACCCAGAUGAGGGACCAGCUCGUUAAGGGCACCAUCGACGGUCUGAUCCGAGAGUACGCCAGCGAUCUCAAAGCUCCCUUGAAUGAUGAUGAAUCUCAGCAACGCAGGAAAAGGAAAGAGAAAAAGGAGGAGGAGGAUAUCAACGCAAUUGACGGGUUGGAGGAUGACAAGAGAGACCUGAUUUCCAGAGAGAUCAGUAAAUUCCGUGACACCCACAAGAAACUGGAGGAGGAGAAGGACAAGAAGGAGAAGGAGCGUGCAGAGUUUGAGCGUGAGAGACGGGAGAGGGACAAGGAGAGGGAGCGUGAGAGGGAGCGACGGGACCGCGAGAGGGAGAAGGAGCGUGAGAAGGAGAGGGAGAGGGAGCGCGAGAGAGAGCGCGAGAGAGAACGGGAAAGAAGUGACAGAGACCGAGAUCGUGACCGCAACCGGACGAAAGAGCGAGAACGGGAGAGGGAGAGGAGCCGCGACAGGAGCAAAGACCGCAGCCACUCCAGAGACAGAGAGGUGAGUCGCGACAAGGACAAGAAACGUGACCAGGAGGAUGAGGAGGAGGUCUACGAGAGGAGAAGGCUGGAGAGGAAGCUCAGAGACAAGGAGGCAGCCUACCAAGAACGCUUGAAGAACUGGGAGAUCCGCGAGAGGAAGAAGGCUCGAGACUACUCCAAGGAGUCUGAACGGGAGGAGGAGCGUAGGAGAGAGAUGGCUAAAGAAGGCAAACGUCUGAAGGAGUUCCUGGAGGACUAUGAUGACGACAGGGAUGACCCUAAGUUCUACAGGGGCAGCGCGCUGCAGAAGCGUCUGCGAGACAGGGAGAAGGAGACUGAGAUGGACGAGCGCGACAGGAAGAGAGAGAAGGAGGAGCUGGAGGAGAUCAGACAGAGGCUUUUGGCCGAGGGACACCCCGACCCCGAGGCCGAGAUACGCAGGAUGGAGGAGGAGGCAGAGCGUCUGCGCCAGCCCCCGGUGAAGCUGGAGCCAGAUCCCGAGGAGGAGCGGGUACACAAGGCGCCACGGGAGGACCGUGACCGCCGAGGAGACCGGGAGAGAGAACGAGGAGACCGGGAGAGAGAAAGGGAGAGAGAGCGAGGAGACCGGGACAGAGAAAGGGAGAGAGAGCGAGGAGACCGGGAGAGAGAGCGAGGAGACCGGGACAGAGAAAGGGAGAGAGAGCGAGGGGAGAGAGACCGAGGGGACCACCAUCCCCACCGCCACUCAGAUGAUGACGUGGAAGAGGGGGAGGAGUUUGACGACGAUGACCAAUCGGGGUUCAAGCCCUGCCUGAAGCCCACACUGCGGCCAAUCACGGCGGCCCCCUCUGUGUCGUCGGCCAGCGGGGGCGCCACUCCCAACACGCCCGGGGACGAGUCACCAUGCGGUAUCAUCAUCCCUCACGAGAACUCUCCCCCUCACGAGGCCCCGCCCCCCCACGAGGCCCUGCCCCAGGACGAGUUCCGCCCCAAGAUUGGCCUCAGUCUCAAACUGGGAGCCCCUAAUGUUACCAGCCCCAGCCAGCCCAAUGUGGCCAUCAAACGCAAGAAGCUCACUGUGGACAGUGUCUUCAACAAAUUUGACGACGAGGAGGCGGACGAGGCUCCCCGCAAGCGCAAGCUGGUGCCGCUGGACUACGGCGACGAUGACAAAAACCUCCAGAGCGUGGUAGACGGCGCCUCAGGACUGGCGGCCAUCAAGGGCGCCAACACUGAGGAGAAGCGCAAGCACAUCAAGAGCCUGAUCGAGAAGAUCCCCACGGGCAAGACGGAGUUGUUCUCUUACCCGCUGGACUGGUCCGCCGUGGACUCGACUCUGAUGGAUCGACGCAUACGUCCCUGGAUCAAUAAAAAGAUCAUUGAGUACAUUGGAGAAGAGGAGGCUACGCUAGUGGAUUUUGUCUGCUCAAAGGUGAUGGCUCAUGGUACACCACAGGGUAUCUUGGAUGAUGUUGCCAUGGUUCUGGAUGAAGAAGCAGAAGUCUUCAUAGUCAAGAUGUGGAGGUUGCUGAUCUAUGAAACGGAGGCCAAGAAGAUUGGGCUGGUGAAAUAAGAAACUCAAGAAAGCACAGAACUAAAUCCAACUUUUUCUAAUAGAGUAAUCCAACUUUAGUGUUGUUAGUCACCAAAAAAGACUGCUUCUCCAUUCGAGCAGCCUAAAAUCAAAGAAUGGGCUCAUCCUAAUACCCCAACAAUGGCUUUCUCCUAUGGACAAUAUUGAGCUCCCGUUUUCUCAUUAUUCCAAUAGACUCUGGUACAUGUAUCUCUACUACAGCUGCUGACUGUACAGCCUACAUGUGUAUGUGCUUGAAUGACUUUGACUAAGUGCUUAUUGAAGAUGCAUGCAAGCAACCACUUGGACAAUGGCCUGACGACAGUCUCUUGGCUUGAGUUGCCUGUCCCGGGGGUUGGGAUGGAACUGGCAGAUAAGCAGCUAGCGCUUGAAGAAGACAACAUGGCUACCAAGCCGUGGGAAGGAGGUUCACUGAAAGGUAUCUCACUGGUCUCAGUUUUUCUAUAGUUUUGUGAUAUUAGUACUUAGAAACAUCCACAACUUCUAUAACAUCUCAAAUGCUUAGUCAUUGGCAUCUGCUGAAACUUCUGUUUAAGUGGAGUAGGUUUGUUUUUGUAUUACAAACGAUAAUUUCUAAAAAUGCUAUUUGAGGAUGAUGGGCCAGAUACUGAAUGUUAGGUCUUACUUCCUGACUUGUGAUUGGUUGGUCUCAUACUGUAACACCUGACAGAACACUGUAUAGGAAAGGUUAAUUUGGAAGACCAGCUGAAAUGAUUGUGAUUUGUGAAAACAUUGUCUCCAUUUUUUUUUUGUACCAGUGGAAAUUUGUUUUGAAUAAAGAGGAUUUUCUAUAA